UGAAGGGAGCACACGAUGCCACAGGCGCACAGGACACAGUUGGAUGAGAAGAAUAAUCCAAAGGGAGGAGGAAGACGAGGAGGAGGGUGCGCGCAUGUGACAGCCAUUGGACGUUUGCAUUCGCACCAGUCGAGCAGAGGAAAGAACCUCUCCAUCUGGAGCUGCGUGUUUAAAAAUCACCAAAUCAUCACCAGCGGUUCGUCCCACGCACCAUGCGAGCUGGAGAGACCCGCCCCGGGCCAUGCUGAACAAGUGUCCGACCCUCCUGCUGGCUCUCGCCGCGGUGACCGGACUUGUCCAGCGAUGCCAGGGCUGGAGCGACGAAGACCUGCUCCUGCCGCCCAUCAACUCCUCCAACAGGUUCCUGGCCAACCUGGAGGUGGACGUGCGCCUGUCCAAGAGGUCCGUGGAGGGGAGCGAAGCCUCUCCGGACACUGCCUCCCUACAGACGCUGUCCCAGUGCAACGUGAGCGUCCAGAGACUGCUGCCCGCCUCGCUGGUGGCCCGCUGGGACAGCAGCUUCGGCUUCCAGUGCGAUGUGCUCAUCUACACCACCAACAACCACGGAAGGGCUUUUUUCUCCGCGUCCUUCAACCGGGCCAUCUCUCCUGUCGUCAUCGAGCACUUGGGGACCACCGGGGGUCAGCAGGAGUUGAGGCUGUGCGUGGGCUGCGGGCUGUCCCGCUACAGGAGAAUCGGCCCCGGCAGGCAAAGGGGCCAGCAGAGCGGGGAUCAGGUCAAUUUCUGCUGUGUGGAUUUCAGCCUCGACGAGCUGAAGGGUGACAAAAGUUGGAGGCUGAACAGAAAGCCCAUCGAGUCGACACUUGUGGCUUGUUUCAUGACUCUGGUCAUCAUCGUGUGGAGUGUUGCUGCUCUCAUAUGGCCGGUUCCUAUCAUUGCAGGCUUCUUGCCUAAUGGGAUGGAGCAGAGAAGGCCCAGAUGACUGACCUGACCUUUACAGCCUGUGCUGCCUAUACUUAUUAUUAAUUGUAGCCAUUAUAUUCCUUACCGCAAUUCAUGGAAGACUGUUUAUUGACAUUUGGAUUAUUUCCAACCCCAAUAAACCUCCUCAGAGGACCAAGGUAUGAAUGUAUGCGUGACGUGACAGAACUUGACUGGGACCAAUAUGUUUUUGUAUAGGUCUUAUAUAGUCCAGAACAGUGUUUCCCAACAUUUAUUGAGCCAAGGCACAUACACAUCGUAGCCAAAAAAAAAAGGUCACAUACUCAAAUUUUUAUUGGACUGCCUUAAGCUAUGGCACGCAUUCACUGUGGCACUGUUUCCACAAGCUUGUGCAACAUCAGUCCAGAGUUACAUUCAUUUUUUGCCAAUGUCUUGUAAUGAUGAUGGGAGAUUCAGACCAUGUUUCCCCACUGUCCUUCCACUUUUGAAUGAGUUGGGUUGGACACUUCUUCAGGGGCCUUAUCCUACAUUUCCUACUUUCCAGAUGUACUGUAUAUAUACAUUUAAAAUGUUCUAUUCUUGUUAUACGUGAUGUGCAAGCGCCAUAUCAUGAGGUGUGUUUUUAGGUUAUCCCUGGUUUAAUGGUUAUCCAUCCAUCCAUCCAUUUUCUAUGCCGCUUCUCCUCGUUAGGGUCGCGGGGGAAUGCUGGAGCCUAUCCCUAAAUCUUGUGAACAGUCGGGUACAAGACCUUCACAAGAUUUUCACGAGCUCUUGUGAAUUUCUCAUGUUGCAAGUUACAACUUUCGAAAGUUUAUGUAUGGCAAUUUGCCAGGUGUCCAGCGAUAAUUCAUCCAAUUAUUCUUUACUGUUUGCUGAUAGCCAUUAGCAGCGGGCGAGGGUGGGGGACUGAAGCCGAUCUUCGAAACCUGAUCAAUCACAACAGACUGGGCGUGGUCUCGAAUCUGAGAGGAGAAUAAUGCAAAUUUACCCUGUAUACAACUUGAGAUUUAUGGUAUUUUAUUAGAAUAAACGUACUAUAGUGCUUUACAAGGACCCAAUCUAAUUUUAAAAUACCCUGAAAUGAGCAGGUUAGGGCCCCUUUAACCUGAUUUUAGAAGUUUCAGCAUGUUUUCCCAUGCUUGAUGCAUGCAAGUGGUUCUCAUUUAUUUUCCGUCAUGCCCCCACUGGGGGACAGAAAUGUUUUCACACCCCCUGAUUUGAAAUACUAUUGAGAAAUUGAUAUUUCUUUACUGUACUGUACUGUACAGAAUGAACUUGAAACUGAAACCAACAAAAUGCAACAAAAAGGAGAGCAGUGAUGCAUACAAGCGUAUUCAAGAGUCAAAUUGCAUGCUGAGUACGACAGUACUGAGUACUGAGUUCAUCCAUGACAGUUCACCGCGCCCCUCCCCCAGGGGAGCCUGCCCCACUAUUUGAGAAGCACUGAUGCAUACCAAUAAUUUCACCCUUCUGAAAUAGUUCAUCUUUUCCACACAACGCGACAUGGUUGUUUAACAAAUAUGAAGCUACUCGAAUCAUCAGUUAGGGUUAAAUAACUCGUUGCCAGCUGGAACGUAAUCACCCAUUCAGUAUUUAUCCAAUGGGAGGCUCUUACCUAUUUGCUUCGUUACAUCCAUGGUGAUCGUUUUUUGGCGAGGCAGUAUAUUUCACAUUUGUCAAUGGAACAUUUUCUGCUGGCUUCAAAAUAGACAAGAGACAAGACAAGUUAUUUCACAAUUUACUACAACUUGCAGGCAAGGAGACAAAUCAAUACAACCUGAAUGGAUGGCUCCUUGAGAAAAUGUCUAACUUCUAUGGGAGAAGGGGUUAUCUAAAAUGAGAGGCUAAAGCGUUCUUAAAAUCCCCAGACGCCGAAGGCUGUUGAGUCUGUGCAUGUGUGGUACUUGUUCUGGAGACAAGAGGCCUCCAGCCUCGAGCAAAUAAUCAUAACGUGUAUCAUAACAGAAAUACAUGUGUACUGUGUGUUAGUGCGUAAUUAGAACUAAUAUUAGUAAAAUCAAAUGGAAUUGUGUACACAAAACAUGUUGUAAGUGCAAUAACAACCCAUAUUUUCCUGUCCCGACAACAUUACAAAAAUCUCACGGCAUACCACCAAGUGUGCCAUGACCUAUUCUGUUGUAUGAAUGGCAACAGGUGGAAACACAGGUUCAUCAUGUACCUUCUGCCAUCUAGUGGAAGAGCAUUUCAUUGUUCUGCUUUGUCGCCAUGUCGCUGGCAUCAAUAGAUGAAAUAAAAUCAUUAUUUGUAGUAAAUAAAUAAAUCUUUGGGACCAAUUAAGUGAAAUUGAAUAUAAAAACACCUAAAGAGCGCUCACGGCACUCUGUGCCGCGGCACAGUCGUUGGGAAUCACUGGCCUAGAUUAUGUCAGAGUAAACUGUGCACACUUUUCUUGUUAAAUGGUGUUUGUAGUUUUUCUAGAAUGUUCUGCCUUAUUCCCUGUGUAGAACUUUUUGCACUGCACAUGUACUGACAAUGUAUAUCAUCAAAUAAUCAAAGUUAAUAUAAGCCUUUUUCCUAACCCUUCUAACCCCUUCUGACAAAGGAAUUGUUUAUGACUGACCAGCAAGAGAGUUUUAGUGUUUAUAAUGCUAGAUUUAUAACGUCAGCUCAAUAUGUGUACUUAUUUGUAUUUAUGUCACACUAUAAACUGUAUAAAUGACAAUAAAAUUGAUGAUACGAUA